UCCCCACAGCAAGAACCGACAAAACUAAAGUCACUUUAUUUACGUCACCUUACAAAAGCCCAUAAAGCAAAAUUCAGAACCCAUUUCGUCAUUACAUCUCAGCCGGAGCUCGGGGUUCUGAAGCUUCAAUGGCGGUCUCCACAAUCUACACGACUCAGUCCCUCAAUUCACCCCACUUCUUAUCUUCUUCUUCUUCUUCUCCUUCCUCUACACCCCUCAGCUCCAAGCACGUCCUCUUCUACCGGAGAAGAUCGCCGAGCAACCGGAGACUCACCACCGUCGUAACAUGCUCCGCCGGCGACCCACAGACAGUGGUGAUCGGACUCGCCGCCGAUUCCGGCUGCGGUAAGAGCACCUUCAUGCGGCGACUCACCUCCGUCUUCGGAGGAGCCGCCGAGCCACCGAAAGGCGGGAACCCAGAUUCCAACACUCUCAUCUCCGACAUGACCACCGUCAUCUGUCUCGACGACUACCACUCCCUCGACCGCACCGGUCGGAAGGAGAAGGGAGUGACGGCGCUUGACCCUCGAGCCAACGACUUCGACCUCAUGUACGAGCAAGUCAAGGCCUUGAAGAACGGCGUCGCCGUCGAGAAGCCGAUCUACAACCACGUCACGGGACUUCUUGAUCCACCGGAGGUCAUUCGGUCCCCGAAGAUCCUCUUCAUCGAGGGUCUUCACCCAAUGUUUGAUGAAAGAGUGAGGGACCUCUUGGACUUGAGCAUCUACUUGGACAUCAGCAACGAGGUUAAAUUCGCAUGGAAAAUACAGAGGGACAUGGCUGAGAGAGGCCACAGUCCAGAGAGCAUCAAAGCCAGUAUCGAAGCUCGCAAGCCCGACUUCGACGCCUAUAUCGAUCCGCAGAAGCAGUAUGCGGACGCGGUGAUAGAGGUUUUGCCGACGCAGCUGAUUCGGGACGACGACGAGGGAAAAGUGCUGAGAGUGAGGCUGAUAAUGAAAGAAGGAAUAAAGCACUUCAGUCCCGUUUAUCUUUUCGACGAAGGCUCCACCGUUAAUUGGAUCCCCUGUGGUCGCAAACUCACGUGCUCGUAUCCGGGCAUCAACUUCUCCUACGGCCCUGACUCCUACUUCGGCCAAGAGGUUUCCGUGUUGGAGAUGGAUGGGCAAUUCGAGAGGCUGGAAGAGCUGGUAUACGUGGAGAGUCACCUGAGCAACCUCUCGACCAAGUUCUAUGGCGAAGUCACCCAACAGAUGCUUAGACAUGCUGAUUUCCCCGGCACCAGCAACGGAACUGGUCUAUUCCAGACCAUCAUAGGUCUGAAGAUCAGACAUCUUUACGACCAGAUCAUCUCCAGCAAAGCCUCUGCCCCUGUAGAAGGCGCCAUUGUCUGAACAGCUUAACCCAAUCAAUCUCGUCGAUAAAACCCUCUCUUCUCGCAGUUUCACAACGUGUUUUCGGGUUCUUCUAGGCAAUUGCCAAUUAAGACAAGAUCUUUGUGUUUUUUGUUAUUCCUGUGGAGAAAGAGUCUGUAAUGUAGACAAAGUAGUAGCAGAGAAAUAACAGUUCCGUGAAUAGCACAAAA